AUGACCCUCUCCCCCACCCUCUCCAUCUCCCGCCCUUCCCCUCUCUCCGCCCCAAUCCCCAAGCUAAACCCUAAACCCCACCACCUCUCCUUCCUCUCCGGCCACCGCAAAUUCAUCCACGGCCAGCGGCUAUCUUUCUCCGUCAGGGCGAAGCCGAAGGACCUCAUCCUCGGGAACCCGUCCGUCACCGUCGAAAAGGGCAAGUACAGCUACGACGUCGAAACCCUAAUCAACAAGCUCAGCAGCCUCCCGCCACGUGGCAGCAUCGCGCGGUGCCUGGACAUCUUCAAGAACAAGCUCUCCCUCAACGACUUCGCCCUGGUGUUCAAGGAGUUCGCGGCGCGUGGCGAUUGGCAGAGGUCGCUGCGGCUGUUCAAGUAUAUGCAGCGCCAGAUAUGGUGCAAGCCGAGCGAGCACAUCUACACCAUUAUGAUCAGUCUGCUCGGCCGCGAAGGUUUGCUUGAUAAAUGCGCAGAGAUUUUCGACGAAAUGCCCACCCAGGGUGUCAUCAGGAGUGUGUUCAGCUACACUGCUUUGAUUAAUGCCUACGGGCGUAAUGGUCAGUUUGAAAUGUCUCUUCAAUUGCUUGAUAGGAUGAAGAAAGAUAAGGUUUCCCCGAAUAUAUUGACUUAUAAUACUGUGCUUAAUGCGUGUGCUAGAGGGGGGUUGGAUUGGGAGGGGCUGUUAGGAUUGUUUGCGGAAAUGAGGCAUGAGGGGGUUCAGCCGGACCUUGUUACUUAUAAUACACUGCUUAGUGCUUGCGCCGGUAGAGGUUUAGGUGAUGAGGCGGAGAUGGUGUUUAGGACUAUGAAUGAGGGUGGGAUAGUUCCAGAUAUAACCACCUAUAGUUAUCUUGUAGAAACUUUUGGUAAAUUGAAUAACCUUGAGAAGGUUUCGGAGUUGCUUAAAGGGAUGGAAUCUGGGGGGAAUUUGCCUGAUAUUACGUCGUAUAAUGUGUUGUUGGAGGCGUAUGCGCAGUUGGGGUCGAUUAAAGAGGCAAUGGGUGUGUUUAGGCAGAUGCAGGAGGCAGGUUGUAUGGCAAAUGCGGCUACCUAUAGUAUUUUGUUGAAUUUGUAUGGGAGGCUUGGGAGGUAUGAUGAUGUUAGGGAGCUUUUUCUUGAGAUGAAAGUGAGCAAUGCGGAGCCAGAUGCUGCUACGUAUAAUAUUCUCAUACAAGUGUUUGGUGAAGGUGGGUAUUUCCGAGAGGUGGUGACUUUGUUUCAUGAUAUGGUAGAGGAGAAUAUUGAGCCGAAUAUGGAGACGUAUGAAGGAUUGAUAUAUGCUUGUGGAAAAGGAGGGCUUCAUGAGGAUGCCAAGAACAUUUUGCUUCACAUGAAUGAGAAGGGAAUAGUGCCUAGUUCCAAGGCUUAUACAGGAGCUAUUGAAGCAUAUGGGCAAGCAGCACUGUAUGAUGAAGCUCUUGUUGCCUUUAACACAAUGAAUGAAGUCGGCAGCAGCCCAUCAGUUGAAAGCUUCAACUCGCUUAUUCAUGCAUAUGCAAGAGGUGGACUAUACAAGGAGACUGAACAAGUGUUGUCGAUAAUGGGUGAGUUUGGCAUUGCAAUCAAUGCCAGUUCAUUCAAUGGAAUGAUUGAAGCUUUUAGGCAGGGAGGUCAGUUUGAAGAAGCUAUAAAGACGUAUGUUGAGAUGGAAAAGAGAAGAUGUGAUCCUGAUGAGUGCACUCUCGAAGCAGUCUUAAGCGUUUAUAGUGUUGCAGGUCUUGUUAAUGAGUGUGAGGAGCACUUCGAAGAGAUUAAAGCUUCAGGGAUAUUACCCAGCGUCAUGUGCUACUGCAUGAUGCUUGCUGUUUAUGCAAAGACUGACAGGUGGGACGAUGCCAAUAAGUUGCUGAAUGAGAUGCUCACAAAUAGGGUAUCAAAUAUUCAUCAAGUGAUGGGGCAGAUGAUAAAGGGAGAUUAUGAUGAUGAAUCUAACUGGCAGAUGGUAGAGUAUGUUUUUGACAAACUAAAAUCUGAAGGAUGUGGGCUGGGAAUGAGGUUCUACAACACUCUGAUAGAAGCACUUUGGUGGCUGGGUCAGAAACAAAGAGCUGUGCGAGUUCUUAGUGAAGCAACACAACGGGGGCUGUUUCCUGAACUUCUCCGCAAAAAUAAACUUGUUUGGUCUAUUGAUGUGCACAGGAUGUGGGAAGGUGGUGCAUAUGCAGCAAUGUCAGUUUGGCUAAAUGAUAUGUAUGAGAUGUUCUUGAAUGGCGAGGAUCUUCCCCAUGUUGCAACAGUUGUUGUAGUACGGGGGAAGAUGGAAAAAAGUUCAACGACACAAGAUCUGCCGGUUGCAAAGGCUGCCUACUCAUUCCUGCAGGAUAACAUGUCAGGAGCAUUCAAUUUCCCAAAAUGGAACAACGGUCGAAUUCUCUGCCAACGGUCUCAGCUUAAGAAACUUCUGUCAAGCAUCGAACCAUCUACAGAUGGCUCCAGUAGUAAAAGUAUAUGUAUUUUAAGCAACUCCCCCUUUCCUCCUCCAGGCACAAAAAUAUCACCCACCGAUGUUGAUAGUGGUCGGUAUAAUGGUACCAGUUCUGAUGCAACAAGUAGGACAAGAACAGAGCUUUUGACCAGCACAGUUUAAAUAGUGUAGUAUACUCAUCAGUUACCAAGGUUUUGGGAAAUUUACUUUUCUCGAUUUCACUAGAAUGAUUUCCCAGUUUGCAGCUGGCUGAAGUCUUAGCUUGGCAAAGUUGCAGCAUUUAACGAACUGGGAACACAAUGCUCAUUGCUGAAGCUAUAGUGUAAAAGUUCAGUUCCACGGUUUGUGCGAGUUCGAUAUGAAGUGGGUUUUGAUCCUGGAUUACCUUUGAAACACCCAGAGGUGAUGAGGAUUCUAGUUUUGUACCUCUAGAAUAUUCUUUCUUCAUGUGUAAAAUGUACAUUGUAUUUCCAGAUCUGAAAAUUUUUGAGAAUGGAUCGGUCCGGUUGAAGAUCACAUUUUCCUUUG